AUGGCCCAUCCUGUCAGCUAUGGUCAGGUUAUUGAGUAUAUUCAAGAUCGAUUAUAUCUAGCAUCAUACACUCAAAUACCAAACGAGCAUACUCCUUUCCCAUAUCCUUCCCAAGCGAAGAGAUCGCCUCACAAGAAGUCCUCUAAGGCACAAUCUGGCCCUUCUCCCGCAACUUUGCGACCGCCUCCAGUCUACUUUACAAUUGACGACACACUGCUGUACAAUGCUUUCCAUGCAGACUUCGGGCCGUUGCAUAUUGGACACCUCUACCGAUUCGCCGUACAAUUCCACGAGAUCUUGGGUGAUCCAGCCAACAACGACAAAGCUGUGGUAUUUUGGAGCAGAGCGGACUCAAGAAGUCGGGCCAAUGCCGCAUGUCUUGUCGCGUGCUACAUGGUCUUGAUUCAGGCAUGGCCACCACAUCUUGCGCUUGCACCUAUUGCUCAGGCCGAUCCUCCUUACAUGCCUUUCAGAGAUGCAGGGUAUAGUCAGGCGGAUUUUAUCCUCAAUAUUCAAGAUGUCGUCUAUGGUGUGUGGAAGGCUAAAGAAGAAAGCCUAUGCCAGCUUAAGGAGUUCAAUCUGGAAGAAUACGAACGUUACGAGAGAGUUGAUAUGGGAGAUUUCAAUUGGAUUUCGCCUCAAUUCGUUGCUUUUGCAUCACCUCAAUCGGAACCCACGGCACCAAUUCCCAUCUCAUCUCCGGCCUAUUCCACAUUGCCCUCAUGCGUACCAGAAAUUGAAAAUGCCAGGAUAUCCCAGCCAUUCAAGAAUGUCCUCACUCAUUUCGUUCAGCGGGACGUCGGUCUGGUGGUUCGACUCAACUCGGAACUUUAUUGUCCAACAUACUUCACGGCCCUCGGUAUCCAACACAUUGAUAUGAUCUUCGAGGAUGGUACCUGUCCGACGCUUCCUGUGGUUCGCAAAUUCAUCAAGCUGGCCCACGACAUGAUCGCUAAAAAUAAAUGUAUUGCCGUUCAUUGCAAGGCUGGCCUUGGUAGAACUGGCUGCUUAAUUGGAGCUUACUUGAUAUAUCGUCAUGGCUUCACGGCCAACGAAGUCAUCGCUUUCAUGCGCUUCAUGCGUCCGGGGAUGGUAGUGGGUCCACAACAGCAUUGGUUGCACCUGAAUCAAGGCCAGUUCAGGGAAUGGUACGUGGAAGAUCAAUGGAAAGCAAAAAUGGAGCACACGAAACCUUCUACACCCCGUGGAAUGUCCACCAAGACUCCCAUGCGCAUUCCCAGUGGCACCCAAACUGCGACACCAGAUCGAUCCAGUGUACGAAGAUCUGCCUUGGGUGAAAUUGACGGCAAUGAUGUUUCAAACUCCGGUUCCUACCAAGACGAAAACCUCCCAGCACCGACACCAGGUCAGCCGAGAAAGUAUGCUCGUAUGGAUCCGCGGAAUCAUCCUUAUGCCCGAUCCACCUCUGGUACCAUGCGUGUCAGUGGUAACAAAGCCGAAGGUGAAAUGGUCACAGUCGAAUCACACCAUCAUAGCGCCCAUGGAGCAGAGAGCGAAGAGGAACUUAUUCUCCAGAAGGCAGCAGCUCGCCGAAGCCAGAGUCGAAGCCCUAGUAAUAGAGGAAAGGCCCGAAGCCUGUCAUACACCAUGACCACCACGACUAUGACCAAGACAUUCGAUGUUGGCGACACUGUGGGCAUCUAUGAGGACGAUGGUGAUGUUAGUUUCCAAAUGGAAGACACAAGUACCGUCUGGGACGAACUCGCUCAAGAGCAGGAGAAUUUGAAACUCAGCACCAUGAGUGAGAAGGGUCAACUAAACGGGUCAAAUCGGCCUAGGACUCCUCGAUCCGCAAGUGGGAUGGGCGCCAUAAGCGUAUCGAAGACCAGAACACUCAGAGAGUCACCUCGUCGUAGUGGUGGUGAGGAUAAGAUGAAAGUCCGAAAGACCAGUGGACGAGUUGGAGGGGCCAGUCAUGGUCCUGUUGGCGUCAAGCGAUGA